AUGGCGAUCUAUACCUGCGGACUUGAUGCAUAUCCUAUACAGUGCACCCACAGCAAUGUGUUGCUGUACAAAAAAAAGCCAGCUGAUUUUCAACUUUCCCCCCAAGACGGAAUAACAGAAAAUUCUCAACGCCGUAUACGCCUGACCGCGCUGCAGUCGUCCAAGCAGAUCUUCUCCAAGUACACACGGUCAAGUGCAAUGCGCUUGGACACUGCUAUCUGA